CCGCGGGUGGGUGGGUGGCGGGCUCCCCCGACUCCUCUCCGGCGGGUGGCGGCCGCCGUGCGCGGGAGUUUAACCCGCUCCCUGUCCGCAGGGUCUUCCGUGUGGUGAAACCGACCGACCGCCGCGCCCGGCCGGAUCCCCGGAGCAGCAGCAGCCGCCGCCACAGCCACAGCCAGCCCUCGUCAGGUCGGUGCCAGCCGCCGCUCGGGUCCAAUGAUGACGGUUCUCUUGAGAGGCAGCCAGUUUCUGCAGAAAACUUGUUCCAGCUUUUAAUGCCGCGGAUACCUGAAGUCUCAUGAAAAGAAAAAGCAGGUUUCUCGACGACUAGCAAAGUUCGUUUAUGAGAUUGGAAAUAACUGUGAUAUCAAGCAUCCGUCUGGAUGCAGAGGUCUUUUUACAGAGGAUAUUCAGCAUUGGUAAACGGAUUUGCGGAUUUGCAUGGGGUAAAAAUGGAGGCAGAAAUAAACUUCUGAAAUUGAAUCUCGGUCCAGGAAUGAUGGCUUCUCAGCUGUAUACACAUGCUUUCAAUAUCUCCCCAAUAGAGAAUAGGAGAUUGUGCAUAAAUGGAACACCAUGGAUUUGGCAUCUCCUAGAAGAAUGUGUCGAGAAUGCGUGGGAGUAUUGGAGCGUUGUCAUAGGACUGAUUUCCAUUGUCUGUUUUCUGUUUGCUGCACUACCUCAAAUUUACGUUGCCUGUCAGAAUGGAAGAGUGGAUCAAGCGCUGUCUUUGGGCUUUUUGCUGUGUUGGAUAGCUGGAGAUCUUACAAAUUUCAUAGGCUGCUAUUUAACAAAUCAACUGCCAAUUCAGAUUGUCACUGCCAUUUUUUAUGUUAACAUGGAUGUAAUUAUGAUUUCACAAUUUGUCUACUAUAAGCUGAAGAAUCAGAAGAUGACAAAAUGCAGCAAAAGCCUGAAGAAUUUCUGUAUAACCUGGAUCAUGGUGUGUAUAGCACUGUGUGUUAUUUUACUCUGUCAGCUGUUACUAAGAAACCAAGACCAGAAUACAGUAAUCGAAAGAAGUAAUAGCUCUCUUGAUAUGAUUGAAAUGUCAGGCUUCAUUUGUGGCUAUAUAUCCUGUGUGUUUUACUUGGGAAGUAGAUUUCCUCAGCUGUAUAAAAACUUCCGAAGAAGAUCAACGGAAGGCACCUCUUACCUGCUGUUUGCAUUAGCCAUGAUGGGAAACUGUACAUAUGGACUGAGUCUUGUUUUAAAGAUGCCAGCUACUGAAUUCUUCCGGGCCCUCUACUUUUUACACCAUCUUCCAUGGCUUAUUGGGAGCUUUGGAGUUUUGUUUCUAGACAUUUUUGUGACUGUGCAAUUCAUCCUGUAUCGUCAGCACAAGGAGGGACAAUCUGGUUUAGUAGCACUGGAAGUGGAACCAUUGCUGGUGAACGAGGAGACUGCCUAGUGCCGUGCUGGAUUUGGCUCCUGUUUUCAUCGGAUUUUGCUCUUGGAUGACUUUGACGAACAGUUAAGAUUGCAGUUGCUUAGGGACCAAAUUUAUUACUUAUUUUUUCUUAUUUAUUUUGUCAUUAAUUUGUCAUUACUUAUUUGCAAAUGACAUGCCAAUAAUAAAAUAUUUAAUAUUUA